AUUGGUGAAAUGUUUUCAUUGGUUGAAUACUCGACUUUUGUCAUGUGAUCGUUCCCUAUUUAUGUUAAUAUCAGUGAUACUGACUCGAAAUCUUGUGGCAAAACAAUAACAAACUGUAUUUUACAAUUGGAUUGUAUGAAUUUUCGGUGCGUAACUAAAGAGAGUAGUGCAAGAGUAAACAGCAAUAUAUAUCUUUGUUUGUAAUAUUUUUUGCUAAACCUGGAAAAAGGUUGAAUUUACUACAGACACCAAGAUCAGAAAACUUUUUGAGUCAAUGUUGUUGGCUAGGAAAAAUAUUUGCUGACGAAAGUCAUGGUCGUUCCAUUUGAGGGUGGUGAAUAUGUAUACUAUGUAAUUGUGCAGAUUGAGAAUUGUUACUAAUUAACAAUAUUACGGAGUAUGCAAACCAAUUGAAUCCUCGUAUUAGACAGCAUUAUUUAUGUGAACUAUAAAGGGAAUCUGUAAACAUAUACGGAUACCUAAUUUAUUUUUGUCUUUAGAUUUGAACUUAACCAUCGGAUAUAUUUUAUUUUCGUUUGAAAAUUUAAAAUUAAGAAUUUAUAUUGUAAAAUAUAUAGAGUUCAAUAUUAAAAAAAAAAAAAACAAAUUGAUUUAUGUAUUGAUGGGAGAAUCUGGAUAUAUUGAACUAUUUUCGGAGAUUAAAACUAGCUCAAUGGAUGGAAUAAUAAAACAAGAACCAAAUCAAGAAAUGGGUCCUUCCUCAGCAUCAGUACCUAUACCAGGAGGACACAGAAGUACUCGGGGUGUAUAUGAACAAUUUUCACCAUCUCCAUUGACAUCAAUAUGGCCCAAUAGAUCUGAUCACAUAGAAUCACCAUUUAAAGUAGAUUCCGAACAGUUAGAUGAUUUUUUUAAAACAGAGAAAUGGGAAGAUGAUGACAUAUUACAAGUAGAUAAAGCAGAUCUUAUACAAGGACCUACGCUUGCUGAAUUAAAUGCAAAUGACGAUACUCUCCUUGGUGAUUUAAAUUUUGAUGAUUUACUUUUACCAGAAGAAAGAGUUCAACCAUUUAAAAUGGAUGUUAAUGUAGCUCAAUCAGUUGGUCCAUUGUUUAAUGAUAACAAUGUUGUAUUUGCUCCAAGUAGUUUCCCGCAAUCUGGAUCAACAUACCGUAAUAUUUGCCCUACAUAUUUAAAUACACAUGGACUCAAUUUAAACAUAAAUAUCAAUGUUGCUGACAAUUUGGAAACAAUUAGCCCCAAUGCUUUUCCAAGUCCAGGAACUAGUAAUAUUGCAGGUAGUUCAACUGCAAGUUCCUCAACAUCUCUACAUCCUACAAACAAACCUAAUGGACAGUCUGCUCUUCAUGAAUUGUUAAUGAGACGUUGUGAUAAUUCUUUUGAUAAUUCCACUCAUGGUCAGAUGGAUGUUGAAUGUACGAGUAAUAAGUCUAAAGUUUCUAGACUAUCCAUGUCUGCGCCGACCCGGACAAUGGCGCUAGACCAAAUUUGGGCUCGUAGAGAACCACGACCACAUUUAUUAAGUACUGGUAGCCUUGGUGUUGUUGAAGCUGGUUCAACAAGUAGUUUAAGUACUGGAGGUGCACUUAGUCCAGAUCCACUCUAUCAUAUUGAUCCUCUUAGCCAUGAUGAAGGUUAUGAAGAUAGUGAUGAUGACAGUGAUCACUAUGAUGAUUACAGUAGUGAUAAUGAUACCGGUGGUAGCGAUGGUGAAGAUCAAAACACUGGAAGUAGAGUAGGAGGUGGAAGUGUAGAUUCAAAUCGAGAUAGUAAACAUAGUAAGAAAGAACGAUAUUUUUGGCAAUAUAACGUCCAAGCAAAAGGGCCAAAAGGACAAAGACUUGUGGCAAGAGCACGUCUUGAAGAUCCACAUAUUUUAAAUGAAGCUACAGAUCCUGUUUUUAGUCCUCAUUGUGCGCUUCGUGGAAUUAAACACAGUGGAAAAGCUCGAAAAGGCGAUGGAAAUGAUCUUACUCCAAAUCCACGAAAAUUAUAUAGUAUUGGUCGUGAAUUGGAUAAAUUAUCUCGUAUUAUUAAUGAUAUGACACCAGUUUCUGAGUUACCAUUUACAGCAAGACCUAAAACGCGCAAGGAAAAAAAUAAACUUGCUUCAAGAGCAUGCCGUUUAAAAAAGAAAGCUCAACAUGAAGCAAAUAAAAUAAAAUUACAUGGAUUAGAACAGGAACACAAACGUUUAAUUCAAGGUAUAUGCCAGGCUAAGCAAACGCUCGCUGCAAAAUUAACAGAACCUAAUCCCGAAAAUCAAGAAGAGUUGACACGUCAAAUGGAAAAAUAUUGUAAAUUAGCUACCAAAAUACGAAUAGCAAAUCAUUCAACCGAAUUUGUUAAUAAAGUAUUGGAUAAAGUACGUUCUGGUGUCCCUGAUGGUGGUAUUGAUGACUUCUAAUACACGACAGUUAUUUGCUAAAAAUGUUCAUACGUGCGCAUAAAAUAUGCGAGAAGGAAACGAUGUGUAUAAAGCAUAAAUUCAUCGUAAAUCACGAAUUGAAUGCUUCUCAUGGAAAUCGAAAACCAAAAAUGGAAAGUAAGAAUAUUGGUAAUUUGAUUUUAAAUAUAGUUUUAUUAUUUACAAUCAGUUAACAAACAAUAGAUGAUUAUUGUUAGUGUUUUAUAGCAUUGGUUGCGAAUAAUUUUAACAUAGGAUACAUUUGUAUUUUGUGUAAUAGAAUAUUAUUUUGUGACACUAUUACCAAGAGUACAGAUUUUGGUUACACAUUUCUUUUAUAUAAAGUUGUAUACGUUGCACACGCUAUUAGUUUUUGAUUAAAUCUGUGAUAAUUUUGUUAAAUAAUUAUCAAUGAGUUUUUAAUGGAAUAUAUGUAGUCCAUAUCAAAGCAGUACAAAAGCUUUCAACUUUCUAGAAUGUUGGUUCAAAUUGAACAAUUUGAAAUGUACCAUCGAUUCUCUCUCGCUAAACGCUGCAUUCCUAUUUCCUAUCUCUGCUUUUUCCUCUUUUAUUAUGUGUAUAUAUCUUUAUAUAUGUUUUGUAUGUGUGCGUGUGUAUACGCGUAUGUGCAUAUGAAGUAAAAAACAAAGUGCUGAAUAUCGCAGUAUUAUUCCAUAUAGUCAUUGUAAAAUAAUAAUCGUAAAUCAUUGUAAAUUUGAGAAGGAACUUGGAUUUUUUUUCUGUUUUUCUUUACAUGAUGGAUAGAAAGUAUUCACUAAUAAAUUAGCAAUUAAAUUGUAUAUUACAUAUUCCCUGAUUUCUAGUUUGUGAUAUAAAUCUUUCUUAUGUUUCAAUUUGGAAUAAUAUUGCGAAUUUGAGUAAAUUUUUUUUAGUACAUGUAUAUAUACAUACUUGUUAUCUUGUACAUAGAACUUUUUUAUGAUACAUGAAACAUUUGUUAAGAUCACAAGGAAAAUGAUAAUACUAUUACUUCCCAAACAAAUGAAAGAAUAUAUUAAUUUUAUCAAGAAAUGAAGCAUCAUUUAGGAUUUAUGAUAAAAUAUUAUAUAACAAAUAAAGUUUUGCCUUUUUUGGUUUUAAAUAAUAAACAAAACCAAGUUUUUAACUAUACUAGAAGUCAAAUUUACUGAUAGAUCGUGAAAAAUCAUGAGUUGUAGGUAAUUGUCACAAUGAAUUUAUAAGCAAAAUUUCGCUUUCAUCUUUAUGUAGCAAUAUGCUUCUUUCGCGUUUUGGUUUUGCAAUGAAAUUACCUCUUUGAUCAAUAUAUUUAACCUCUGGUAUAAUAAUGAACAAGAUAUAAUAUUGAUAUGACAAGAAAUCGAGGCAAUGUUAAUUUUUAAAUAGUUAUGUAGAUUAUUAUUUGUAAAUAUUUUUUAAAUUUUCACUAACAGAUUUGUAUCUUUUCUUCUGGAUGUUAUUUUGCACUUACAAUUAAAUACUUUAUUUUCAUAACAUGUAAAACAUAAAAAAUAGUCUAUUAUAUCUAACAAGCUUCCAUAACAUGAUAUAUAUACAUAGUAUAUUUAUAACUGUAUUUAUAAUAUAUUACUUAACAUAAUUUUGUUUCAUAGUUUUUUCAUAGUUUCUAAAUACGUGUGAAUAUUAUACAUAGUACAAUAUGUAUAAAAGAAAUAUUGUUAUACCUUUAAAAUACUGUUUUAAUGUUUUUAUAUAGUUUUAAAUAUAUACACAACGAAAUCGUUCCGGAAUUAAUUUUUAUUACAUUAUUACAAUAAUGAAAUAAAUUCACACAGGCUUAUUUGAUUUGAUACUGUUUUUGAGUUGCAAAUAGUACUGCGCUAAAACAUAUGAAGUGAAAAUUUACAAAUAAUGUUAAAUUUCAAUAUAUGUAAUCUUCAUAACUGUUCUAAAAAUGUUUCCAAAUUUAAUAAGCUAAUUGAAUAUAGCAUGACAAGAAAAGUUGACAGAAUAUGAAAACCUACAAUUAGCAUCUAUAAGGUAGAUACUACAUCGAGGUGCAACAUAUUUAUUUUAAAUUUGGUGUAAAAAUAAUAGAUGGAUAUUAUUUUUUUAAGGAUAAAGCAGUUUGUAAUUUGAAAAGCUUAAAUGGUACGUGCGUUUAUUUGAACUAAUUUCAUUAUUUUGAAGAGCAGGAUCUAUAUCUGAACUAUCUUUUAUGUUUUAACUUAUAUCCUGUAUAUAUCAUAUCUCCAUAUGCGCACGCGCUCACACCACAAAGAUAUGCGUGAUUUAUUUGGGAACAUUGGAAUGUUUUGUGAGUGAUAUAAAUGUAACAUUUUUCAUCUUAAAAUAAUAUAACAUAAAAAAAGCAUAUUAAGUGAUGAAGAUAGAUUUUCUUAUAGGAGCAUGUAUGAAACAAACCCCAAAAAUUUAUAAAAAUUUUUAUAAAUUAUAUAGACUUAUCUAUAAUAUGCACUAAUCUAUACUAUAGCACUAAUUUGAAAUAAAUUUGAAGAUGAAAUGAUAAUAUUCAACGUCACAAAAGAUUACAAGUUAAACUUCAAGAACUCAGAUGCAUAUAAACAAUGAGCCUUUGACUAAUUCAAACUUUCUUAAUCACAUUCUAGAUAUAUGUUGAAUUAUUUAGACUUUAAUUAUGUUCAUUAUGUCGAAUAACUUUAUAUGUAUGCGCAUUAUUGUCCGUAUUUCGAUAAAUGCUAUUAUAUAUCACAAUUACUAAAGUAUAGGUUAUUUUGUUUAACGAAAUUAAAUUGAAAUCUUUUUAGGUUCUUAAAAAAAGUUGUUUCAGCUACAGAGAAUAUAUCUUUUCAUAUCAAAUAGCUUUUGCACCAGUUGCUUACAAAUUGUUACAAUGUUCUCAGAUAAAUUAGUUACGCUAUAUACGCAUUAAAAUUAGUUGUGAUUUAAUAUUAACAAUACAUAUUUUUUAUGAUUUUAUUUAAUUAAUGUUAAAGUUUGAAUAGUUUUCUAAAUAAUGAUAUAACUUGUUUUUUUGCUAUUAAUACAAUUCUUUUUGUUUUAAUUUAUAAUUAUAAUUUAUAAAAUACUCUCUGUAGUUCAGCUAACAUUGAAAGUACUGAAAAGUGCUUUCAAAUAUAUAUUUUUAUGAUUUUUAUAUAAUUAAAUUAAUCAACAUUGUUACUAGUAGUUACAUAUUGAUGUGAUUCUAAUUGGUUGAAGGAAGUGGUAGAAGGGUAAUUAGCAUGUUUUAAGCGUUUUAGGUGUUAUAAAAUGUAUGUCACUGUUAAGAUUUAAUUUAUUCGGUUGGAAGAUAUGUAGUUUAUUCAGAAUUCAAAUAAUUUUCAUUGUUUUUAUAUUUGCGAAAAGAUGCCUAAGAAAAAGAUAUUUAAUUUAAAAUAGUGGGGAAAUAUCAAAUGUAUUUGCUAAUAUAAGAUGUAUCUUCGCUAUUUAACGUUGAGUCGAGUAAGCAAUCAAAUUUUUUAGAAAGGAAGAUUCGGAAAUGUUCGAAUGAAGUUUUACAUUGUGAUAGGAUUUGUGAUACUGAAAAUAUUGAUAUAUAUGUAUAGUUUCAGAUGGCUAAUAGUUUACAAUAUAUUUAAUGUUAAAGUUAUUAUUUCUAAGAUUAAGCAACAUUUUUAGUUAAGAACGUAACGUGGCUUAUGAGAUAUUUAUUUUCUGAUAAAGUGCCUUCUUUUUCGAGUCACGUUUUAAUAAGUAUUUCAUUAUUCACACUAACGCUUUAGUUACUCGCGCUAACACUAUAAUUUUUUUUAUAAAUAUUCUGUUUACAUAUAUAAUCUAUUGUCAUUAUAAUUUAUGCAUAGAGAAAAUUAAAUUCGAAGUAAGGAAUUUUACAUUAAAUAUUGAUUAACGUUUGAGCGCAUUAUAUUCAUAGAUUAAUCCUCGGAUAUUAUAUAUCAGUAACUUCGGUAUCUCAAGCCUUACAACUGUACAAAGGUUUAUUCAAGACCUUAGGACCGUUUUACAGUAGUGACUCUGAUAAUGAUUUCGUUUGUACUAAUAGGAUAAAACGAAAAGCAGUCACCACACCGUAAAAUAACUGCCUAAAUACCGUUGUUUCAUUCGUACAUAUACGUGUAUAUAUGUACCAAGCAAUGAGUCACUAUUUCAGUAAUAUUUAUUUAUUAUUUAUUCAACGUCACGAAUGAAACUUUUAAUUUUCAUUUUAUUAUAAUACAAAUGUCCUUUUCGUUGGAUUAAUAUCUCUUUUUCUUUUUUCUAAUUACAUAUAUGUUUUUUAAUGAUAUCUACAAAUUUAAAAGGGGCAGAAAUAACGCUCAUAAAUUUAUACAUAUAAAUAAGUGAUAAAUUUAUCUGAGUAAUAACUAUUCUUAUAAGCAGUGAAAGAUAUCUUUUUGUAUCUAAAGUUCUUAUAUAUUAAGGUACACUUGGAUGUAUUGUAUAUGUUAAAGCUGAAACAAUUUUUUUUUGGGAAUAGAACGAGAUAUUACACACAAUUUAUUAUAUAUAUAUAUACACAAAUAGUAUUUUACAUAAGUAAUCGCACUAACAAUUUUUCAUAUAGUCUCUUUUACAACCCUUUUGAAGUUUGUAAAUUUGUUAGAAAAACGUCUCAACAAUAUUUUUUGUACUUUUGUAUAUCUUUCUCUUUUUUUCUUAUUAAUGCAACACAAUAGAAAUGUAAUGUUUUAUGCAAUGAGAUAGUGACCAUUAGCUACGUAAUUGUUAAUCAUGCCUCUAAUACCUAUUGCUCUCGUGGUCGGAUCGUGAAUGGAGUUGACCACCUGUACUUAGGGGAACACUCUCAAGCAACCCGACUCUACCGAUUUACACUUAAUUAAUUAGAAAAUAUUCUACUACUGGCUCUGAUGAUCAAUCUCCGAUGGCAUGCCACAAAAUAUGUUACUAACUAACAGAGUACGAUAUCUUAUAAAAGAAUAAAUUGAAAUGAAAAGCGGAAUUAUAGAUUUCAUUUCUGAUCUUUUAAUUAGAUUUCGUUUUCGAGAAAGUAAAAUUUGUAUAUUUACCGGAUAUAUAUAUUUGUUUCGUAAAUACUUACUUCUCCUUAGAAAAUGAAACUUUGUUCAAAAAAAUAUUGACCAUUUUCAAUUUAUUUUUAUAUGAAGUAUCCAUACUCGGUGAUAAUAUUAUAAUAUAUUACAUAGCGUCCUGUAUUUUGGUAAUAAUCCAAUUUAGAUAUGGCAAUAAAGCCAUUUUAAGUACUUCUAAAAGAGAAAUUAAAAUUAUCGAAAGAAAAGUGUCUAUUUUAAACAAGCAAAUAUUUUGAACAAAUCACUUUUCAAAAUGAUAUUUUUUGUGGAAUAAAAUUGAAUAGUUACCUGUACCUCUUUCUUUUGAUAGAAUUUCAUAUUUUUAUUACUUUUGUUUGUACAGAUAAAUAUAAAACCAUAUAGAAUAUGUUAAUUGUUUAAUAAUAUUAAACAAUAGAAAUCGCGUUUGUAUGAGAAAAAUAGAUCUAUAAAACUUGUGUGUUUUGUUAUAAAUAUGUACAUAUAUGUAUGUAUAUAUAUACAUAUAGAGUAAGUACAAUGAGUGUUUGCAAAUAUUAAAAAGUUUUUGAAUGAGAUAUUUUACUGAUAAAACUGUGCAUUUUAUUUCUGCAAUAAUAAUUUCUCAUACUUGAAUUUACGAUCAGAGAUAUGUAUUUAAAUGCCAAGACAAAACUGCUGAUGUGUAAAUACCUUUGUCUGUAUCCCUCGUA